GUUUGUGCUGACAAAGCUACUUGAGUGGUGUUUGAAUUGGGACAUAUUUACUUUGGAAAAUACCCAACAGCCCAGCAAUCAAAGUUCACAGUGAACGCCUGCUGGUGAUCUUAGCGGAUUUUGUCUCUGGAACGCUACUUCUCUGAAGCAUAGAGCUCUGCAAAAAUGCACCAUCGACCCCACCUGCUUCUCAUUUCUCUCACCAUAAUGUCUGUGUGUGGUGGGAGCAGAGGUCUCACGGAUAAGCUGAACAACAAGAACCUGACCAUGCCCAUGCUGCCAAUCGAGUUCCACAAGGAAAACACGGUCACCAAUGACUGGAUUCCAGAGGGGGAGGAGGACGACGACUACCUGGACCUGGAGAAGUUACUCAGUGAAGAUGAUGACUACAUAGACAUCAUCGACGCCGUUUCCCCGACCGACUCGGAAGCCAGCGCCGGGAACAUCCUGCAGCUCUUCCAAGGCAAGAGCAGGAUCCAGCGUCUAAACAUCCUCAAUGCAAAGUUUGCUUUCAACCUUUACCGAGCACUGAAGGACCAGGCCAAUGCUUUUGAUAACAUCUUUAUAGCGCCUGUGGGCAUUUCUACUGCCAUGGGGAUGAUUUCCUUGGGUCUGAAGGGGGAGACCCAUGAACAGGUGCACUCCGUUUUGCAUUUUAGAGAUUUUGUUAACGCCAGCAGCAAGUAUGAGAUCCUGACCAUCCAUAACCUCUUCCGGAAGCUGACGCAUCGCCUCUUCAGGAGGAACUUUGGGUACACACUGCGGUCAGUCAAUGACCUCUACGUCCAGAAGCAGUUUCCCGUCCGGGAGGACUUCAAGGCUAAAGUAAGAGAGUAUUACUUUGCUGAGGCCCAGGCGGCUGACUUCUCGGACCCUGCUUUUAUAUCAAAAGCCAACAACCACAUCCUGAAGGUCACCAAGGGCCUCAUUAAAGAAGCGCUGGAGAACGUAGAGCCUGCUACUCAGAUGAUGAUUCUGAACUGCAUCUACUUCAAAGGAACCUGGGUGAAUAAGUUCCCCGUGGAAAUGACACACAACCACAACUUCCGGCUGAAUGAAAGGGAGGUGGUCAAGGUUUCUAUGAUGCAGACCAAGGGUAACUUCCUCGCAGCAAAUGACCAGGAGCUGGACUGUGAUGUCCUCCAGCUGGAGUACGUAGGGGGCAUCAGCAUGCUAAUUGUGGUCCCACAUAAGCUGUCCGGGAUGAAGACCUUGGAAGCACAGCUGACACCCCAGGUGGUGGAGAGAUGGCAAAAAAGCAUGACAAACAGAACCCGAGAGGUGCUCCUUCCUAAAUUCAAGCUGGAGAAGAACUACAACCUGGUGGAGGCCCUGAAGGCAAUGGGGGUCACAGAGCUGUUUGACAAGAACGGCAACAUGUCAGGAAUCUCAGACCAAGGGAUCACCAUGGACCUGUUCAAGCACCAAGGCACCAUCACGGUGAACGAAGAGGGCACCCAAGCUGCAGCUGUGACCACGGUGGGGUUCAUGCCACUGUCCACCCAAGUCCGCUUCACAGUUGAUCGCCCCUUUCUGUUCCUGGUCUACGAGCACCGCACCAGCUGCCUGCUCUUCAUGGGGAGAGUGGCCAACCCUGUCAGGUCUUAA